AUGGCCGAGGUAGCCCUUCAGCCUAGUGGUGCCAUGACACUUCGUGUGUCGGCUUCCAUGAUGAGCUUGGUUUUCAUAGCCCUAAUUUUUCGUGUAUGGGCCCGUCAAAAGACACAUCACCGCUUCUUGAGUGAGGAGUAUUUCGUUUUGCUAGCAGCGGCCUUUUUCUAUUCAAAUCAAGGGGUUUAUCUUUAUGCUAUUAUGGGUAAUGGAGGGACAGGCGGUGCCGACCUGAAUGAGUAUAGCCUUGCGCAGUAUGAUCGGUAUUCCAAAUAUAUUCUUGCCGAUGAAAUCACCUUUGUCCUCUCCAUCACCUCUGUGAAGCUAUCCAUCUUACUUUUCUAUCGUCACAUCUUCACUCUGCGAAAAUUCCGACAAGUCAACUGGGUCCUUCUGGGUACCGUUACCGGCUGGGGGAUUAUCGCACUAUUUGUCGUCAUCUUUCAGUGCUCGCCGGUUCACGGACUAUGGAGCAUGGAAAUGAAGCUGACCGGUCAGACAACCUGUCUCAACUCACCAAAAAUGAUUUUCGGUUUCGAAAUUACCAAUGUCUUGAUUGAUGUAACAAUCUUAAUUCCCCCUGUCAUCAUGGUCCAGCGACUGCAGCUGCACCCUAUUAAGCGAGCCAGUCUGAGCAUUAUCUUCCUCUUGGGUCUCUUUGUCUGCAUCACUUGCGGCGUCCGGGCACACUACAUCUGGAAUCCUGCUACAGGAAUGGCACGGAGUGUGCCGGCAUCCAUGGACUGGACGGCGGUUGAGCAGGCUUCCGCCAUUGUUUGUGCCUGUCUGCCUACAUAUGGUACACUUUUCUCAAACACCAGCCACCUUAUCCCUAGGCUGAAGGCAUGGUACCUUUCAUUUCGAUCGACCUUACAACGGACAUCCCGAGGGUCAUCAGAUAGCAAGACGAAGAACCUAACUUCCCACAGCGGCCAUAGUGUAAAAUCUUACAGCGACUGCUCCCAGGUGGAGAUGGGGGCUAUGCAGGAGACGGCACAGGAGGCUGUAUAG